UCCAGUCCACCGAAUCUUCAGUCCUCACCGAAGAGUUCAAUUCCCAACAAUGUACCCGAAGACCUGUUUCUGUCUCUUUCUGGUCUGCCUGGCGGCGGUGCAAGCCGUCCCAGCAGGUAAAGUCGAGCAAAAAUCGGUAGCAGACCAGCCAACGAAGACCAUGGAGGGCAUCCAGCUGGAAGAGACCGGUGACGACAAGGACAGAUUGAAGAAAGCUGCCUCAUUCUGCGUGGAGAUUCGUCCAGGCGCUGAGAACGACCAACAAUCUUCCCAGGACAAGUCUCAGCUGCAGGUGCAGGGCUUGAACGUGAUCCAACAGUCCCCUCAGGUGCAGACCUACAGCAUCCAGUCAGCUGGCCAGCCUGUCCAAGCAUUGAACGUCGUCCAAGGAACUCAAUUGGCCUCCCAACAGUCCUUCGUUGCUCCUCAGCAGUACUUCGUGCCUCAGAUGAUCCCUCAGCAGGUCGUUUCCCAGGUGAUACCUUCGUCAGUUGUCCAGCAACAGGUUGUCCCUUCAGUUCAGACCCUGCAGAUCAUCCAGCCAUCCCAGCCCUGCCCCCAACAGGCUGUUGUACAGGUGGAACCGAAGUCUCAGACUAUUGCUGUGACUACACCUAAACCUGAGGUAGUCACUGUGCCAUCUACGCCUAAGCCAGUUCCUGAGAAGAUCAUCGUGCCGCAGACUGAGAUCGUGGAGACUGUUAAGUAUGUCCCUGUUCCACCUGUUUGCAACGAGAAGCUGGUGGUUUUGCCACCCAAGCCUAUGGUCGUUGUGCCUGAGCCAACCGUAGUUAAGAUUCCACAUUGCCAACAUCAAAGCCAGGGUCUCGUGUCGCAAUGCAACUGCGGGCAACAAGGCAUUGGUGCAUUCAGAUCUGCCGUUGGAUCUGUGAACCCGAUGCACUUCAUGGCAGUAAGGAAACCUAUGCCAGCGCCUUAUGCUAAGAUGAUGAAUGGAGCAAUGAAGAUGUAAUGCGCUGGAUUUAAGGAGUCUGUGACAAGAAGAUGGCGGUAGAUGUGAUCUAUGCUCUCCCAUGAUUUUCAGGAUAAAUAAAAAUCAAUAAUAUAAAAUAAUCUUGUCUUUCGUUGUUUGUUAUCCAUUAAUUCCUUAUGAAAAGUUUUACAACAGGUCAUU